AUGUGGUUUCGUCUGAGGAGUUUUACGCCGAAACCGCCGUACAGGGUCGGGAUCAGGGCGCAGCUCACGAUGCUCGUCAGUAUCGUCGCGAUCAUCUCGCUCGUGAUACUGGCGGUCACCACGGGGGUGUACUUCACAUCGAACUACAAGAACCUGCGGUCAGACCGGCUGUACAUUGCUGCGCAGUUGAAGUCUUCACAGAUCGACCAGAAUCUAAACUACCUUUACUACCAGUGUUACUGGGUCGCGUCCAGGGACACGCUGCAGACGGGUCUCGCGAACUACGUCGCGGGGAACAAGUCCGACGCAAACUGGAUGGACUCGCAGAGUGUCCUUGAAAAGUUUCUCGGGUCAUCGAACCUGUUCUCUGUCGCAAGAGUGUACGACUCGUCCUUCACCACGGUGCUCAACACAACGAACAACAGCACGGGGGAUCUCAUCCCAGAAGACGUGCUCACACAGCUGCUCCCACUGUCCACGAACGUGCCGCUGCCCUCGUCGCUCGAGACCAACGGGAUCGUCACGAACCCGGUCAAGAACGGGUCAUCGUACCUCAUGUCUAUGUCGCUGCCCAUCUUUGCAAACCCGUCCAUCAUACUCACAGACUCGAGGGUCUACGGGUACGUCACGGUAGUCAUGUCCGCAGAGGGGCUCCUCAGCGUGUUCAACGACACAACGGCACUGGAGAGGUCCUACGUAGCGAUCGUCUCCGCAGUUUACACAAACGCGACUAAGCUCGACGCGUACAGGUUCGUGUUCCCGCCCUUUGGGAGCACUUCUUCAAUCCUCAAUGAGACGUUCCCACUGAACAAUAACACUUUCCUCAGCAGCGCACUCCGACAGGGGAAAGGUGGGGCCCUCAAAUCAACAAGACUGUUCUACCGACUGAAACUUGCGGUAGGUUACUCCCCCUCGACGUCAAACUUGGCCAACUGGGUGGCCAUCGUCGCACAGGCGGAAUCAGUAUUCAUAUCGCCAGCAACAAAACUGGCCAAGAUUAUCGCGGGCACAGUCGUCGGGAUCGGCGUGUUCGCCAUGCUCAUCACUUUCCCGCUGGCACACUGGGCUGUCAAACCCAUUGUCAGGCUGCAAAAGGCCACAGAACUGAUCACCGAGAGCAGGGGUCUCAGACCGACUACGCCGACUUCAGGGAGCAGGGCAAACUCGAUACUCCGAGACAAGAGCUCGCUGAUAUCAUUCCCACUGCACCCCGUCUCAACGAACAAUAUCAACAACAAUAACAGCAAUGAGAAGGCACAACCGCCAUCGGAUCAGGACACAAACACGAACAACAGUUCCAGCUCGAUAGCAGUAUCAAAUAUAAGAGAGGAACACUCCCCACACGCGGACGGGGUCUUUUCAGGUAUCUCGCUGUCGAACGUCAGCGACAGACUGGAAAGAUUGUCGAACACGUCAAAGCAUUACACUACUGCCGUUAACCUGAUACAGGCAAGAGUGCCCAGUUACAGAGCUCUUUUCAAAGACGAGUUGUCGGACUUGACAGAGACUUUCAACACAAUGACGGAUGCACUAGACCAGCACUAUGCGCUACUGGAGGAAAGAGUCAGGGCAAGAACCAAACAGCUGGAGGCUGCCAAGAUAGAGGCAGAAACAGCUAACGAGGCCAAGACUGUUUUCAUAGCAAACAUUUCGCACGAAUUAAGAACCCCGCUAAACGGUAUACUGGGCAUGACUGCGAUCUCUAUGGAGGAGACUGACAUCGACAAGAUACGGAACAGUCUGAAACUGAUCUUUAGAUCAGGUGAACUGUUACUGCAUAUUCUAACCGAGUUGCUCACUUUCUCCAAAAACGUCCUGAAGAGAACUAAAUUGGAGAAGAGGAACUUCUGCAUAACAGAUGUCGCCUUACAAAUCAAGUCCAUUUUCGGGAAAGUCGCAAAGGACCAACACGUCAGGUUAUCGAUUAUCUUAUCUCCCAACAUGAUCAGAAGCAUGGUACUGUACGGGGAUUCCAACAGAAUCAUCCAAAUUGUGAUGAACUUGGUUUCCAAUGCACUGAAAUUUACUCCAGUGGAUGGGAAAGUUGAUGUUAGGAUGAAAGUCCUUGGCCUGUACGACGAGGCGCUGAGUGAAAAGUACAACCACAAUAAAGUGUAUGUGAAACCGGGGACAGAGAUCACCGAUUCUACUCCAUCACUGAAUGUCAAAUCCGAGGGGCAAGGCAAGGAUAAAUUUACUUCAGAUACGGCUUCGAAGAACAACACCUCUUCGGACACUGCCUAUGACGCGACCCCGACGACAGAUCGAGUCGCACAGGAGAGUGACGAAGAUAACAUGUACGAGGAUAACGAGUCCAUGAUUUCUUCAACGACAAGUUCGUACGAUGACGCCAUAUUCAACAGUCAGUUCAAAAAGACGACAAACCUGUACGACGAGGACGAUGAAAGUGAGAUGGGGGUCGAAUUGGAGACACCUAAGACGUGGGUUAUAUCAUUCGAGGUGGAAGACUCCGGUCCCGGUAUCGACAAGGGGCUUCAGGAGUCUGUCUUUGAGCCCUUUGUCCAAGGUGACCAGACAUUGUCCAGACAGUACGGUGGUACUGGUUUGGGGUUGUCGAUUUGUAGACAAUUGGCCGGGAUGAUGAAAGGUAAGAUGCUUUUGGAGAGUAAAGUUGGCGUCGGGAGUAAAUUCACGUUUACGCUACCGCUGACGCAGACGCGUGAGAUCAACUUUGCCAAUGUCGAAGACCCCUUUGAGGAUGAGUUCAACGCAAAGAGCAAGAAGAACAGGAAGGUUAAGUUCAGGAUGGCAAGAAGCUUGAAUAGCCGCAAGUCGAGAUCAUCUAUUGUCACUGCCGGUGCGUCCAGUCAUCACAGUGUUCAUACACGUACACCAACGAAGUCGCCUCGUCUCAAGUGCGAUAGAUCCGUCUCUGACAGAGUGGUAAUCAACUCUCCUGAGAGGACAGGGGAGAAUAUCACUUUCAGGAGCGAAAGUGACGACCAUCUGAGCCACAUGCAUCGCAACAGAGACAAAGAUCAUGAAAGGUUGAGCGCCAGCAACAGUACCAUGAGCCUUGACCGUCCAUUCUUGCAAAGCACGGGGACAGCAACGUCUACGCGGAGUAUCCCACAUUUAUCGUCCUUUAAGGAGGAGAAGCCGAACGAUCCACUGUUGAACGUUUCUAGCAGUGCUGAACAGACCAAGAAGACGUCCGAGGGGAACGGCGCGUACAAGAUUCUUGUUGCAGAAGAUAAUCACGUUAACCAAGAAGUCAUCAAACGAAUGCUGCAGCUGGAAGGUGUCAAAGACAUUGAUCUUGCCUGUGAUGGACAAGACGCGUUUGACAAAGUGAAACAGCUACAAGAUAAAGGUUCUCGCUACAACUUGAUCUUCAUGGAUGUUCAGAUGCCCAAAGUUGAUGGGUUAACGUCUACAAAGAUGAUACGACACGACCUACACUGUGACUUCCCGAUCGUUGCGUUGACCGCUUUCGCUGAUGACAGCAACAUCAAGGAGUGUUUGGAUGCGGGGAUGGAUGGAUUUUUGUCGAAACCGAUCAAGAGAACGAAGUUGAAGACGAUCUUGAAGGAGUUUUGCAGUGACGAAAGGGAGGAAGACUCGAAACCCGUUGAAACUUGA